CUGGGCCGGGGGGUGCGGGCUGCCCCUCACCGCCGUGCUCCCGCUCUUGUGUGCGCCCAGGCGCAGGCGGCGCGGCGCCCCCCGGUCACGAUGGCGAUGCGGGAGCUGGUGGAGGCGGAGUGCGGGGGCUCCAACCCGCUCAUGCAGCUGGCUGGGCACUUCACCCAGGACAAGGCCCUGCGGCAGGAGGGGCUGCCAGGCCCCGCCGCCUGGCCCCCCGCGCGCCCCGCCGACGCCGUGUCCAAGCCUCUGGGAGUGGCAUCUGAAGAUGAGCUGGUUACAGAAUUCCUCCAGGAGCAAAGUGCUCCCUUGCUCUCCCGUGUCCCCCAGACCUUUAAGAUGGAUGAUCUGCUGGCUGAGAUGCAAGAGAUUGAGCAGUCAAGUUUUCGCCAAGCCCCACAGCGAGCUCCAGGUGUGGCAGCCCUGGCUCUGUCUGAGAACUGGGCCCAGGAAUUUCUGGCUGCCUCAGAUGCUACGGCAGAUGGGUCCCCAGAUUACAACGAGGCCGACUGGUCACAGGAGUUCAUUGCAGAGGUGACAGACCCUCUGUCUGAGUCUCCUGCCAAGUGGGCAGAAGAAUAUCUGGAGCAGUCAGAGGAGAAGCUGUGGCUGGGGGAAUCGGAAGACCAGUCACUAGCAGAUAAGUGGUAUGAGGAGUAUCAGCCUGAAGAUGAUCUUAAGAAAACUGCCAUUGAUUUCCUUUCUAAAGUGGAUGAUCCCAAACUUAACAAUUCUGAGUUCCUAAAGUUUGUCCGCCAGAUCGGAGACGGGAGGGUGUCGAUCCAAGCUAAUCAGGUGACUCUGACCCCCAGAGACCAGGAUCAGGCAGAGCAGUGGGCAGCUGAGUUUAUACAGCAGCAGGGGACUUCUGAUGCCUGGGUGGAUCAGUUCACAGGGUCUGGGAACAUGUCAGCUCUUGAUACAGAAUUUGAGCAGGCCAAGAGUGCUGUUGAGUCAGACGUUGAUUUCUGGGACAAGCUCCAGGCAGAGUGGGAGGAGAUGGCCAAGCGAGAUGCAGAAGCUCAUCCCUGGCUCUCAGACUAUGAGGACCUCGCCUCCUCCUCCUAUGACAAGGGCUACCAGUUUGAGGAAGACAAUCCCAUGAGGGAUCACCCACAGGCAUUUGAAGAGGGAUUGAAGCGCCUGGAGGAGGGUGACCUCCCCAAUGCUGUCCUGCUCUUUGAGGCUGCAGCACAACAGAAACCUGACCACAUGGAGGCUUGGCAGUACCUGGGAACAACCCAAGCAGAGAAUGAACAGGAGCUCUUAGCCAUCAGUGCCCUCAGACGGUGCCUGGAGCUGCAGCCUGGGAACCUCACAGCACUCAUGGCCUUGGCUGUUAGCUUCACGAACGAGUCGCUGCAAAAGCAGGCGUGCGAGACCUUGCGUGAUUGGUUGCGCCAUAGCCCUACCUAUGCUCGCCUGGUGGAAAAGGACUCCGAUGGGAGCAGCUUGGGGACAGGUUUGGGGCACUCCAGACGUGUCCUGGGCUCAUUGCUGACUGACUCACUUUUCAUGGAGGUGAAGGAGCUGUUCCUGGCAGCUGUACACCUUAACCCAUCAGCAGUGGAUCCUGAUGUGCAGUGUGGCCUGGGUGUCCUCUUCAACCUGAGUGGCGAGUAUGAGAAGGCUGUGGACUGCUUCAGUGCAGCAUUAAGUGCACGCCCCAAUGAUCAUCUUUUGUGGAACAAGCUGGGUGCCACUCUGGCCAAUGGAAAUAGGAGUGAAGAGGCUGUGGCUGCCUAUCGCCGGGCGCUGGAGCUGCAGCCAGGCUACAUCCGCUCCCGCUACAACCUGGGCAUUAGCUGCAUCAACCUGGGGGCCCAUCGGGAGGCAGUGGAACACUUCCUGGAGGCCUUGCACAUGCAGCAAAAGAGCCGGGGCCCACGGGGCCAGCAGGGUGCCAUGUCCGACAACAUCUGGAGCACCCUCCGCAUGGCCCUCUCCAUGCUGGGCCAAAGUGACCUGUAUGGGGCAGCCGAUGCCCGGGACCUCCCCACCCUGCUCCAGGCCUUUGGCCUUCAGCAGUGACUCGGGGAUGGGCUCCCCUGUGAAUGCAGGAUGGGCCCAGUCCAGCAGUGAUAUUCCUUAGGAGGGAAAAAUUGAUUAAGGCUCAUGCAUAUUUCCUCUUCAUAUCUUCCCUUUGCUCUGCUGGGGCAAAUUGUUGGCUGCCAUUUUUGUAGGAUGUCCUACAGCAGAGUAUAACUUUUUCCCACCUUGCAUCUUAUGACCUAAGCAUCAGUGAGCAGCUCAUGUGGCACCAUCUUCCCAUGUGUAUCUGUCCCUGGCUUGGGAAUUAGGACCUUUAUCCUGUGUUCACCUCUUAAAAGAGACCCUGUGACACAAAGCUUGCAGCACUACCUUCUAAUAAAUCCCCACUGGCACCAGCUGCUCACAUGA